UCAAAUCAGAAAUAACGAUAUAACAAGCAGAUUACGACUGUAAAUAAUUGACUGAUAAUACCUCGCCUGUAACCUAAGUGAACAGUCCAAACUGUGGCUUGACUGUAAUAUUCUCUUCAAAUUACAGAUACAAAAUCUCUCACCCCAAUAAUGUCUCACUGAGGCAAUCGAACUGAGAUAAGAAGUGAACACAGUUGGAUGUACUCUCAGAUGGUUUUGCUCGUUCCAAGCCUUCAGUUUUAGAUAGGAAAGUGGACUACAUUCAGUGUUAAGUUCGUCUAAUAUAGGAACCAGUGGAACAAAGAUGAAUCCAGGAGAGGGAACAACUCAAAAAACACUCUCCGAUCUCAAUGACGAUUGUCUUCAUCGUAUACUGUCAUUUCUACCUGGUCUUGAUAAGCUCAUCCUCGGCAACUGUUUGGGCGAAGGUAGGGUUCUCCACGUAGUAUCAGGAAAUGAUGUGUUUGAAAUGAAGGAGUGUAGCAGACGUUUAACAGUGGAUGAGACCAAGCAGAUAUUAGAACGUUUUGGAUGCCAAAUCAAGAAUAUUUCCUUAGCUCUUCCUACUUCUUUUAGACCUUCCGAAAGAAGACGCCACUACGAAUUAAUAGCAGCACAUUGUCGUAGCCUGGAAGCUAUUCGCUUGUUUGAUCCAGCCUGUGAAUCUGAACUGGAAAUAUUUCAGAAAAUAUUAUUCACCAACAAAUCUCUGGAAUCGAUUUCUGUAACGGCAGAGGAUGAAACAUUUCAAAACCGACUUUUGUCAACAGUUGGACAUGUGCAGAGCAUAAAGUAUUUAGAAUUAUCUUCAUGCUAUGUGAGUGGAGCAGAGAUAAGUCAAAUGACUAACUUAGUCGCCUUAAAAAUCCAUGACUGCUGUUUUUUUAGAGAGGAAGAUUUCAUCAAACUCAUGAAUGGAAAUAAUCUGAAAUUCCUUGAAAUGUCGUAUUGCCCUCUGCAGACCGCUGCGCUUCAAGCUGUAUUUGAUACACAGCAUGAAUUAGAGUAUCUGAACAUCAGCGGAAUAAGAUACUCCAACUAUGCAUCAAUUGGACAAUUAAAAAAGCUCAAAGAACUCAUCUUAUUAUUUUUUCUCGAACAUGAACUUAUAUCAGCUUCAGAAGGGAUUGCAAAUCUUCCUAAUCUUGAAUUGUUGGAAAUAUCGAAUAUUUUUAAGUCUCCCAAAGUAGCUAAAAUGUUCCUGAGUCGUAUUGUAUCCUUGAAGGACCUGAAAUUUCUCUAUCUGCCCCAAUGUCAGCUUCUUAACGAUAACGAUCUUCGAGCAAUUGCUUUGAAAACACCCAACUUGGAAGAGUUGCGGAUCAAUAUCGAUGCUGAAGCCAGUGUUAGCGCUGACGGACUUGUUGAAUUAAUUCGGGACUUAAAGAAUCUACAGAAAUGUGAUGUGACACCUGACGCAACAAGACUCGAUUUGGAUCUACUGCGCAGAUUUAUAGAAGCUAAAAAACAGGGAAAUCCCCAACCACUUAAGAUAUACUGGGGAGGCGACAUCGACGAGGAUCUCCUUAAGUCCCCACUAUAUCUUGAUAACUUGGAUAUAGUGGAGUUCAGACGAGGGGAAUUCCCUUACCGACACCGUUGGAGAAAGAAUAAACUAUUUUUGUUCAAAUGACCAAGUCAAGUUCAGAUUUCUAACUUUCACAUUACGCCGGUUCAGGUCGAGAGUGCAGGCGAUAAUUUAGGCAAUACCCAAUUUGCUUAAAUUAUGGGCGAGUAAAUAUGUGUUUUUUAUGUCCUUACAAGAAAUAUUUGUGAACCUUGUUGUUUUUACAUUAAAAAAUAUUUUUGAAAAGAAAGCCUAGUUUUUCACCCUGCAUUCUAUAUAAAGUGUGUAAUGAACUCUGAAUAUUGAAAUGGUCAAAAGACCAUCCUGCGUGGCAGGCGACUACCUAGAGGG